CGGUGCGCAGCUCCCGGUUCGCCGCUGCCCGGUUGCAGCGGCGCCUCCCGGCCGCGCCAUGGCUCAAGCGGCCAAGCAGCUCAAGAAGAUCAAAGACAUCGAGGCGCAGGCCCUGCAGGAGCAGAAGGAGAAGGAGGAGACGAACCGCAAGCGCCGGAAUCGCUCGCGGGACCGCAAGAAGAAGGCUGAUGCUGCAACCAGCUUCCUCCGAGCAGCACGAUCAGGGAAUCUGGACAAAGCUCUAGACCAACUAAGGAAUGGUGUGGAUAUUAAUACCUGCAACCAGAAUGGAUUGAAUGCCUUACAUCUGGCCUCUAAGGAGGGGCAUGUAAAGAUGGUGGCUGAGCUGUUGCACAAAGAAAUUGUGCUGGAAACAACAACCAAGAAAGGGAACACAGCUUUGCACAUUGCUGCUUUGGCAGGGCAAGACGACGUCGUGCAGGAGCUGGUGAAUUUUGGGGCAAAUGUCAAUGCACAAUCACAGAAAGGCUUCACGCCCCUGUAUAUGGCUGCCCAAGAGAAUCACCUGGAAGUUGUCAAGUUCUUACUGGAAAAUGGUGCUAACCAAAACGUGGCAACGGAGGAUGGCUUUACUCCCUUGGCAGUGGCUCUGCAGCAAGGCCACGAAAACGUGGUGGCCCACCUGAUUAACUACGGGACGAAGGGGAAGGUGCGCCUCCCGGCGUUACACAUAGCCGCCCGCAACGAUGACACGCGAACAGCUGCCGUGCUUUUGCAAAACGACCCCAAUGCCGAUGUCCUUUCCAAGACUGGCUUCACCCCUCUUCACAUCGCAGCACAUUACGAGAAUCUCAACGUGGCCCAGCUUCUACUCAACCGUGGAGCAAGUGUCAAUUUCACCCCCCAGAAUGGCAUCACCCCACUGCACAUCGCCUCUCGACGCGGCAACACCGUAAUGGUGCGGUUGUUGCUUGACCGGGGAGCUCACAUUGAGGUUCGCACUAAGGAUGAAUUGACCCCGUUACACUGUGCCGCCCGCAAUGGGCAUCUGCGAAUUGCUGAAAUCUUGCUGGACCACGGAGCGCCCAUCCAAGCAAAGACCAAGAAUGGCCUCUCCCCCAUCCACAUGGCCUCCCAAGGUGACCACUUAGACUGUGUGCGGCUUCUGCUGCAGUAUAACGCCGACAUUGAUGACAUCACAUUGGAUCACUUGACCCCACUGCAUGUGGCUGCCCACUGUGGCCACCACCGGGUGGCCAAAAUCCUGCUCGAUAAGGGCGCCAAGCCUAAUGCGCGGGCCCUGAAUGGCUUCACUCCGUUGCACAUAGCCUGUAAGAAGAACCACAUCAGGGUGAUGGAACUUCUUCUGAAGACGGGGGCCUCCAUCGACGCCGUGACGGAGUCGGGUCUCACUCCUCUUCACGUGGCCUCCUUCAUGGGAAACCUUUCUAUCGUCAAGAUCUUGCUCCAACGGGGAGCAUCUCCCAAUGUUUCCAACGUGAAAGUAGAGACGCCCCUCCACAUGGCUGCUCGGGCCGGGCACAGCGAGGUAGCAAAGUAUCUACUCCAGAACAAAGCCAAGGUCAAUGCCACAGCGAAGGAUGAUCAGACGCCGUUGCACUGUGCCAGCCGCCUCGGGCACUGCACCAUGGUCAAGCUGCUCCUGGAGAGCGGCGCCGAUGCUAACCUCUCCACCACCGCUGGACACGCGCCACUGCACAUCACGGCCCGCGAGGGGCACCUGGAUUGUGUUUGUGCUCUCCUAGACAAAGAGGCAUCCCAGACUGCCAUGACUAAGAAAGGAUUUACCCCUCUGCACGUUGCUUCCAAAUACGGGAAGGUGGAUGUAGCCGAGGCUCUCUUGGAACGCAACGCACAACCCAACGCGGCCGGGAAGAAUGGACUAACGCCUCUGCACGUUGCCGUCCACCACAACAACUUGGACAUUGUGAAAGUGCUGCUCCCCAAGGGGGCAUCUCCGCACAGCGUGGCCUGGAACGGAUACACCCCUUUGCACAUCGCAGCCAGGCAGAACCAAAUGGAGGUGGCUUGCAGCCUACUGCAAUACGGUGCUUCCGCCAACGUGGAAUCCACGCAGGGAAUGACGCCGCUACAUCUGGCGGCCCAGGAGGGCCACGCCGACAUGGUGGUGCUGCUCCUUUCCAAGCAGGCGAAUGGCAACCUUGGAAACAAGAGCGGCCUCACCCCCCUCCACCUGGUGGCCCAAGAAGGACACCUCCAGGUGGCAGACAACCUGCUCAGGCAUGGAGUCCAAGUGGACGCAACGACUCGGAUGGGCUACACCCCGUUGCAUGUGGCUAGUCAUUAUGGGAAUAUCAAGCUGGUGAAAUUUCUGCUCCAGCAUCAGGCUGAUGUCAAUGCCAAAACCAAGCUGGGUUAUACGCCUCUACACCAGGCGGCUCAACAAGGUCACACCGACAUAGUCACCCUUUUGCUCAAGCACGGGGCGUCGCCCAACGAAGUCAGUUCGAAUGGUGCCACCCCUUUGGCCAUCGCCAAGCGGCUGGGGUACAUUUCCGUCACCGAUGUGCUGAAAGUUGUCACUGAUGAAACCAGCUUCUUGUCAUUAAGCGAUAAACAUCGGAUGAGCUUCCCAGAGACGGUGGAUGAGAUUCUGGAUGUAUCGGAGGAUGAAGGCACGAGUCACGUAACUCUCCUGGGAGACGAACUGCCGGGGACCAAGAUGCAGAAACGGGAACUUCAGUAUCAGGAAGACGAGAGAGAAAUUGUGGAAUUUGUCCCCAAAUUGGAUCACACAAGGGAGGAAUCACCAGCUAUCCCUCGAAUCCCUUGCGUUACGCCUGAGACGGUCCUGAUCCAGGCUGAGGAACCCGAGCAGCCUUCCAAAGAGUUUGAUGAAGAGUCCCUCAUCCCAAGCAGUCCUGCCACAGAGACCUCUGACAACAUCAGUCCUGUAGCCAGCCCUGUCCACACAGGGUUCCUGGUAAGUUUCAUGGUAGAUGCCCGUGGAGGCUCCAUGCGGGGCAGCAGGCACAAUGGCCUCCGCGUCAUCAUUCCACCCAGGACGUGUGCAGCACCAACUCGCAUCACCUGCCGGCUGGUUAAGCCCCAGAAGCUACCAGCUCCACCCCCUCUGGCCGAGGAAGAAGGACUGGCCAGCAGAAUUAUUGCUUUGGGCCCUGCGGGAGCACAAUUCCUCAGCCCUGUGAUUGUGGAAAUCCCUCAUUUUGCCUCGCACGGCCGUGGUGACCGAGAGUUGGUGGUCCUACGUAGUGAGAAUGGGUCUGUAUGGAAGGAGCAUCGCAGCCACUACGCAGAGAGUUACUUGGACCAGGUCCUCAAUGGGAUGGAUGAAGAAUUGGAAAGUCUGGAAGAAUUGGAGAAGAAAAGGAUUUGCCGUAUCAUCACAACCGACUUCCCCUUGUACUUUGUGGUCAUGUCCCGGGUGUGCCAGAACUGUGAGUUGAUUGGCCCAGAAGGGGGAUGUCUCCAGAGUUCGUUGGUGCCCAUGGUCCAAGCCACCUUUCCCGAAACGGCAGUCACCAAGAAAGUCAAGUUGGCUCUGCAGGCUCAGCCAGUGCCUGAUGAGCUGGUGACCAAACUCCUGGGGAACCAAGCAACCUUCAGCCCAAUUGUGACGGUGGAGCCGCGCCGUAGGAAAUUUCACCGACCGAUCGGGUUGCGCAUUCCCUUGCCCCCAUCCUGGAGAGAGAGUCCCCGAGACAGCGGGGAAGGCGAUACCACCAGCCUGCGCCUCCUCUGCAGCGUUAUAGGAGGAACUGCGCCAGCACAAUGGGAGGACAUCACCGGGACCACAAAAUUAAUUUAUUCCGACGAGUGUGCAAAUUUCACCACCAACGUGUCAGCCAGGUUCUGGCUUGCAGACUGCCCGCGCACAGCCGAAGCCGUCCAUUUUGCCACGCUGUUAUACAAGGAGCUGGCAGCGGUGCCGUACAUGGCUAAGUUUGUGGUAUUUGCCAAAAUGAAUGACGGGAGGGAAGGACGCUUGCGCUGCUACUGUAUGACCGAUGACAAAGUAGACAAAACGUUGGAGCAGCAUGAAAACUUCACAGAAGUGGCACGAAGCCGAGACAUUGAGGUGGCCGAAGGUAUGCCACUCCACAUGGAGCUUUCUGGGAACCUGCUGCCAAUCAAGAAGGCCGCCCAGCAACGGAGCUUCUUGUUCCAGUCAUUCCAUGAGAAUCGUCUCAUCAUCCCAGUUAAGGUGAGGGACAGUAGCCGGGAAGCCAGUGGCUCUUUGUCCUUCCUCCGCAAGCCCAUGAAGUAUGAAGAGCUUCAGCAUGUGCUGUGCCAUCUGAAUGUCACAAUGCCACCCUGUUCCAAGACUUCUGGCAGUGAAGAGCGAAGGAGAACUUUGACGCCGCUUGCCCUGAGAGAGAGAUACAGCCUGCUCAGUGACAGCACCCUGGGAUCUCUUAACAGCACAGAGAAAGACAAGACCAACAUGAAGUUGGCGGUCAUUGCCGAACAUUUGGGUCUCAGUUGGGCUGAGCUGGCUCGGGAACUUCAAUUCGGAGUGGAUGAUAUCAACAGAAUCCGAGUUGAGAAUCCCAACUCCCUGCUGGAGCAGAGCAUGGCCCUCUUGAAUCUUUGGACCAGCCGUGCUGGCCAGAGUGCCAACAUGGAGAGCCUUUACGCAGCCCUUCGCAACAUUGACCGUAGCGAAAUUAUCAACAUGCUGGAAGGUUCUGGGCGACAGAGCCACAGUUUGAAGAGUGACAAGCGCUACCGGCACAGAGACUAUUCUGGGUCUCCCUCCCAGAUAAAUGGUUAUGCUUCGCUGCAGGACGAGCUGCUGUCCCCCGCCUCCAUGCACUACGCUCUGCCUUCCCCGCUGUGUGCCGACCAAUAUUGGAAUGAGGUGGCCAUCCUGGAAGCCAUACCCAUGGCUGCCAGCGAGCAGGAUGCCCUCCUGGAGAUGUCGGACAUGCAGGUGUGGUCUUCUGGGCUGACGCCCUCGCUGGUGACUGCCGAAGAUUCCUCUCUGGAGUGCAGCAAGGCUGAGGAUUCGGACGCCACGAGUGAAGGGCGGCUCACGGGGCAACUGCUGGAGGAUGUGCAUGGCCCUGACCCUCUUGGUUCCAUGGACCUGGUGGAGGAAGACACAGUGGAUUCAGACGCCAUGAAUGGCCUGAUGGACAUGUUAGAGCAGGAGGAAGGCCAGCAGAGAGUCCAAGUGGGCAUCACAGAGUCGCCCACGGUUAGCCGGGUGAUAGAGAAGGGCAAGGACAGGCCUGUUGAAUGGGUGGUCGAGGGCGCCUUCAUCUCCAGCUUGUCAGACCUGGGCAAAGGGGUGUCCCUGAGCCCACCGCUUUUGCGACAAGGGGUGUCGUCUUACAAAUUGCGGAGCCGGGAACGGGAGACGCUGGAGCACAUGCGGAUCGACUCAUCGGAAGAGCGGGAAAGCUCCCCUUUCCAGAGGGACUGGGGUCUCCAGCCGGGGAGGCAGCAAGGCUUGACCAAGUGGCUGGAGGACUCUGGCAGCAGCUGCUUUGCACAAUCCCAGGGUAACGAAAUAUUGGAUAUCCCUGGAGAACAAGUGACCGAAGAACAAUUCACCGAUGAGCAAGGCAACAUUAUCACCAAGAAGAUUAUUCGGAAAGUGGUCCGGCGACUGGAUACCGAAGACGGGCGGGCGCACGAAGAGGACGAGGAUCAAGGGAGUGUCCCGAGAUCGGAACUGCUUGGGGGCAGGAUGGGGGCUCAGAUAGUCAAACGAGCCAGCCUGAAAAGGGGGAAACAAUGACCUCCCCCUCCAGUGGCUUCUUUGAAGGGCCUCACCUCAACACCCAUCCACUGAACCUCCACUCUCCUUGUUCCUCUCCAUGCGGCCAGGCGAGUGGAGCAACGAGCUUCCAGAGGCAGGGCUGUCUGUCUGCGAUUCUUUAGGUUAAAUGGCAUGAUUUCCGUAAGAGACAUAACUUUACCGUCUUAAUCCGCAUGACCGACCGACUGCCGACGCAUGAGCUACAGUUCUUUCUCCUGACUUCGAGAGGAGAGGGGGCCGGGACAAUUCCCCAGGAGAAGGAAAAAAACGGAUGCAAAAAAUUGUGUUUUGUGUGUUUUGCGUGUGCGUGGCGGGGGCCUUCUUUCCAAAGCCCCUUCUUUUGACGUGGUGCCUUGGCCUCCUGGGGAAGAAGGAGUAAGCUGGACGGAGAUCACUCGCCAUCCCAUCCUCCCCAGCUCAGCCCUUCGGGUUGCCUCUCUGCUCAGCUCUCCAUGCAUCCAUCCGGAACCCCAGAAGGCUUCUCGCUGGAGCCCUUCUGGCUACUCUGCCCAGUGGUUCUUCCCAAGGUUGGGAUGGAAAGCGUGACUUGGAUAAAUGCUGAGAUCUCAUGUAUAAUAGAAUAUGGACAGAUUACUUACUAUGCAAACACCGACGACCGAGGCGUUCGGCAGAAAACGGCGUUCGGCUCCAAUCCUUGGAAGCGUCCGCAGGCAGCCAGCCCUUUGGGAAGGAAAAACGAGAGACGAGGGGAGAAUCAGAAUGUCUUCGAAUCGGGAAGGUCUCCCCGCCUCCUCCCGAUCUCCUUGGAACCCAUACACACAUGCACACAGGCGUGCCCACACCCACUCACGCCCAACACACGCAGAGUGGUGGUUUUAGAGACGGGUGGGAAAGGAAGAAGGAGGAGAAGAAGAAGGGCUAGUUCAUGAGCCUCUACUGAGGCACACCACCAAGGGUGCGCAUCGCGGCGCCUUCCCGCAAUUUGGCCCCGGGCUGGAAGUGUGCAACCGCCCGUGUGCGCCGAUGCUUGGCUCCACCCAGCACAAUCUGUUGCUCAGGAGAAGGGCAGCAUGGUACCCUUGCCUGCACUUCCGUACGGGAGGACCCCAGGGGGCCUCCUCACUCAGCACAGACGUGGCAUCCUGCCAACACUUCUUGGACCAGUCCUAGCUGGGGGGAACUGAAUUCCUUCCCACUUGCCCCCCUUUCCCCCUCCUCCCCCGCCAGCAACUUCCUUGAUCAGACCUGGCAUGGAGGAAGUGAUGUUCCUCCUCUUCCUCCUCCUCUUCCUCCUUUUUCUUCCAUCACCCCCACCCCCACCCCCACCAUCAAGAUUGGCUGCCCCCAAUGCUUGGGAGAACUCCUCCUCCUCCACCAACAAGCUACACUCUUGGGACAACUGCCCCGAGCAAUAGGCGGCUCCUUUGACUUCUGCGUCAACAUUUGGAGGCCCCCAAGGGAUACAAGGGGCACGUGGGUUGAGGGCGGGUGGGCACAGGGGAUAACCCAGCAGUCAAGGGGACGAUCAAGAGGAAGCAUGGACCAUCUUGGAUUCCUUGACCCUCCUCUGUGGUCACCCCGUGGCAGCAUGGCACUCUUCCCCGACUGCAGCGCCACUUUCUCGGCCCCUGCGUCUGGGACCCUGCCACGUUGGCCCUGCCCAGGUAGAGCAAACCAGGAGGAGGAAGUGCUUGUGGGGUGGGGGUGGGAGGUUGGGGGGAAAGGCAGGAAGGCAGUGAACGUUGGAGGAAAGGCUAAAAGCCAUGCCAGGCAUCUCCCCAGGGAGACUAACUGUCGCUAUCCAGACGUGCAAGGAACAAACUUCCUCGUACCCCACCUCACCCUCCCAUCACCUUGAUUUGCAGCCUGUAUGGCCUGCCCACCCCCACCAAAUUGCUGACACGGCAUCGCCCUAGAUUCCGGCGUGGGCCUUCCCACCCACACCCACCUACCCACCCACCCCUGCCCUCCGCCCCCAUGCUUUUGGCCUCCAGUAGUGCAUAGAAAAUUUAAAAACAAAAAAAAUUGAGCUGUGAACUGCGUCCCUCUCGCCUGCCUGCGGGGGGCGCCGCUUUUGCCCGCCGAUCGCUAGUUGGCGCUGUCAAGGAGGGCAAUGCCUAGAGAAUGCUGCCAGUGUCUGCACUCUAGAUGCUUUUUAGAAGUUUUGGGAUUACUUUUACUUUCUUUUUUAUUGUUAUGGAAAUUUGAGCCUUUUGGCUCCAUCUUGUCUUCCCUCCAUCCCCAAUUCCAGUGUAUAGAACCAUCCUCCGUCUCCACCAGCUACCAGAAUCCAAGUUAAUAAAUAAAUCAACACCA